CCGCUAGGGGCGGCCGCGAAGCUGACCGGGCUCGGUUUCCAGCCGGGCCGCUUUCCCAGCCGGGCCUCAGCAUGGCUACCCCCAGGGCCGCGGGCCUGGCAGCCGCCGUGCAUCCGCUUUCCUGACAGCUCGCGGCGUCUGUGGUCUCCCUCUCUUUCCCAGGCCACUCCAGCGGACAUGUUUGCCAAGGCCUUUCGGGUCAAGUCCAACACGGCCAUCAAGGGGUCGGACAGGAGAAAGCUUCGGGCUGAUGUGGCAGCUGUUUUCCCCACUCUUGGGACGGAUCAGGUCUCUGAGUUAGUGCCGGGAAAGGAAGAGCUCAACAUUGUAAAGCUGUAUGCUCACCGAGGGGAUGCAGUGACUGUGUACGUGAGUGGUGGUAACCCCAUCCUGUUUGAACUGGAGAAAAAUCUGUAUCCAACAGUGUAUACCUUGUGGUCUUAUCCCGAUCUUCUACCAACGUUUACAACAUGGCCUCUGGUGCUCGAAAAAUUGGUUGGGGGAGCAGAUUUGAUGCUGCCGGGACUGGUGGUGCCCCCUGCUGGCCUGCCUCAGGUACAGAAGGGUGACCUCUGUGCCGUUGCGUUGGUGGGGAACAGAGCCCCCGUUGCCGUCGGAGUCGCCGCCAUGUCGACAGCUGAGAUGCUGGCCUCGGGUCUGAAGGGAAGGGGCUUCUGUGUGCUCCACAGCUACCAGGACCACUUGUGGCGAUCUGGAGACAAAUCCAGUCCACCGUCCAUUGCCCCACUGGCUCUGGAUCCCCCGGAUCUCAGUGAAGGGAAGGGAUGUGUCAAAGCCGACACUGCCCUGCAGGGCGACAUGAGGCAGCUGACCCUGGAGGAGGAGGAGGAGGAGGAGGAGGAGGAGGUCCAGCGGAGGUGUGAGGAGAAGUCCCCGUCAGCAGCCAUGGAAGACCCCGGCCCUGGGGGCCUGCACGCGGACCCCACGGACAGCAAGACCCUUCAGGAGCAAAUGGACGAGCUGCUGCAGAGAUGCUUCUUGCAGGCUUUGAAGUGCUGCGUCAGAAAAGCUGACCUCCCGUUGCUCACCAGCACUCUCCUGGGCAGCCACAUGUUCUCCUGCUGCCCUGAAGGACGACAACUGGACAUAAAGAAGUCAAGCUACAGAAAGCUCUCUAAGUUCCUGCAGCACAUGCAGCAGGAGCAGAUUAUACAGGUGCAGGAGCUGAGCAGAGGGGUGGAGAGCAUUGUGGCCGUGGACUGGAAGCACCCGAGGAUCACAUCUUUCGUCAUACCCGAGCCCUCCCCGACCUCCCAGACAAUCCAGGAGGGUAGCAGGGGACAGCCCUAUCACCCUCCAGAUAUAAAACCCCUCUACUGUGUCCCAGCCAGCAUGACCCUGCUCUUCCAGGAGUCUGGCCACAAGAAAGGGAGUGUCCUGGAGGGCAGUGAGGUCCGAACAGUCGUCAUCAACUACGCCAAGAAAAACGACCUGGUGGAUGCAGACAACAAAAAGACGCCCAGGUUCAGUCCCUGGGUCGGGAAGAUCCCCUGGAGGAGGCAGUCGCACCCACUCCAGCGUUCUAGCCUGGGAAACCCCGCGGACAGAGACUCCUGGCCGCCCUCAGUCCGUAGGGUUGCAGAAGAGUUGGGCAUGCCUGUGGCUGAGCAACAGGAGUGGCCUGAACGUGAGCAUCUACCGUGGAGUGUCAAAUGCAGGCGCUAUUGUGAGGGACCAAAUGCACGCUUCAGAAAACCUUAGCAAAGCCAUCUUAGCCUUGUGGUGUUCUCUGUUUUCCUAGCAGGUGGAUGCAGAGGGUAAACCACUAAAUGAGUGUGCCAUUAAUUUUGUUGUUGUUGUUAAUUACAAAAAACACCCUCAUAUCCAAAAGUUGAGAACUACUGGCUUCAUCAUGGUUGGUUGAUAACAUAAUUGAGCCAGGGAUCCCAGAGUUCGCAUUUUUUUCCCCAUACCACUUUCCCCUCCACCGCCUACUUCUCCUUUGUUCUAGGAAAGCAUAUGUGUACCUCCCAUCCAGAGAAUACGUUGCAUCCUGGACUGUGAACCCCUAAUUGGUUCCAAUAAUCCUGAUUGACCGUGAACAACACAUAAGAGACUGGGGCUACUUACUGCUUCUUGUUU